AUGAAAGGCACUUUGUUUCUCCUGGCUCCCCUCGUGGGUUCCGUCCUGGGAUCGAAAUCCCAGCUUGACAGUUGUCCUGGUUAUAAAGCUUCCAAUGUGAAGCAGUUGGGCCAGAGAUUGACUGCUGACCUCGAUCUUGCUGGAGAUGCCUGUAAUGUCUAUGGCACGGAUCUUCCAAACUUGAAGCUCCUUGUCGAGGCACAAACUGAAACCCGUCUCCAUGUCAUAAUCUACGAUGCCGAUGAGGAGGUCUAUCAAGUACCAGACUCUGUUCUCCCCAGACCCCAGAGUGAAAAAGGCCAUCAAAAGGAGUCCGCCCUUCGCUUUGACUUCGAAAAGAAUCCUUUCUCAUUCCGAGUCUUACGCGAGGAGGAAGUGCUCUUCGAUACUUCUGGCACCAACAUCAUCUUCCAGUCUCAGUACUUGAAUUUGCGCACCUGGCUUCCGGAUGACCCGAACCUGUAUGGUCUAGGAGAACACACUGAUUCGCUGCGGCUUCCUACUAUUAACUACACUCGCACUAUCUGGAAUCCAUCCCCUCCGACUCGAACCUUUACGGUACUCAUCCUAUUUACGUUGACCACCGUGGAGAGAAAGGCACUCAUGGAGUCUUCUUUUUUGAACUCGAACGGCAUGGACAUCAAGAUUGAUAAGACAGCUGAUGGCAAACAAUACCUCGAGUAUAACACGCUCGGUGGAGUCCUAGACUUCUACUUCAUGGCCGGUCCGACCCCCAAGGAAGUGAGCGAGCAGUACUCUGAGAUCGUUGGUCUCCCUGCUAUGCAAAGCUACUGGACUUUUGGAUACCACAACUGCCGAUAUGGCUACCAGGAUGUUUUUGAUGUCGCAGAGGUAGUUUACAACUACAGCCGUGCUGGAAUCCCACUCGAGACUAUGUGGACCGACAUUGACUAUAUGGAUGUUCGACGGGUAUUCACUCUAGACGAAGAGCGGUUCCCUAUCGACAAAAUGCGCGAGUUGGUUUCGUAUCUCCACAAGCAUGAUCAGCAUUAUAUAGUCAUGGUCGACCCGGCCGUCAGUAACUCUGAUAAUGGUGCUUUCAAAAGAGGCCACGACCAGGGAAUUUUCCUGCACCGUGACAAUGAACAGAACGAACUUUACCAAGGCGCCGUCUGGCCCGGCCUAACCGUCUAUCCAGACUGGUUCAACAAAGACACACAGAGAUACUGGAACUCAGAAUUCAAGCGAUUCUUCAGCCCAAGCGACGGCGUCGACAUCGACGGUCUAUGGAUUGACAUGAACGAAGCUUCCAACUUCUGCCCAUACCCUUGCAAGAACCCAGCAGAGUACGCCGAGCAGAACGACCUACCCCCAGCGCCUCCACCGGUCCGGUCGCCUCCACGCCAUCUCCCCGGUUUCCCGGCUGAUUUCCAGCCCGGAUCUUCUUCACCUGGGUCUUCUUCGUCUCGUCGGGUAAAGAGAGGUGAUGCUGUCAUUGAGUUACGUAGUGUAGGCGAGAAACGCAGCCGCGUGAAGGCAAAGAAGGUCGGACUGCCCGGUCGAGACCUUAUUAACCCGCCUUAUCAGAUCGCAAACGCGGCUGGUUCGAUUAGCAAUAAGACUAUUGAUACUGAUAUCAUCCAUGCCGGCGAGGGUUACGCCGAGUAUGACACGCACAAUCUCUACGGAAGCAUGAUGAGCUCGGCUUCCCGCGAGGCAAUGUUGAAGCGUCGACCCAACGUGCGCCCCUUGGUUAUCACGCGUAGCACCUUCGCCGGAGCAGGCUCACAGGUCGGCCACUGGCUCGGCGACAAUUUGAGCCAAUGGGAUAAAUACCGCGUGUCAAUUCCACAAAUGCUAGCCUUCGCUUCGAUUUUUCAGGUCCCAAUGGUUGGCAGCGACGUCUGUGGCUUCGCCGGAAAUACGACGGAAGAACUGUGCGCGCGCUGGGCAAUGCUCGGCGGGUUCUAUCCGUUCUAUCGGAAUCACAACGAGUUCGGUACCAUACCGCAGGAAUUCUACCGCUGGCCUACUGUUACAGAGGCUGCGAAGAAGAUCAUUGAUAUCCGAUACCGUCUGCUCGAUUACCUCUAUACUUCCUUCUAUCGUCAGACCUUGACGGGGAGUCCGUUCCUCCAGCCGCUUUUCUAUGUCUACCCCGAGGAUAGUAAUACCUUUGGUAAUGAGCUGCAGUUCUUCUACGGUGAUUCCAUUCUCGUCUCGCCUGUCUCGGAAGAGGGCGCUACCUCUGUUGAUGCUUAUUUCCCUGAGGAUCUCUUCUAUGAUUGGUUUACUGGUGUCGCUGUGCAGGGCGAGGGAUCGGUGAAGACGAUCACUGAUCUCGCUAUUACUGAUAUCCCGAUUCAUAUCCGUGGUGGGAGUAUCAUCCCCCUCCGUACGGCGAGUGCUAAGACCACGACGGAUCUGCGCAAGCGCGGCUUUGAGAUUCUCAUUGCGCCGAACGCUGAUGGGUCCGCGGAGGGUGAGCUGUAUAUUGAUGAUGGCGAGUCAAUUCAGCCGGAUACCGCGACAGAUGUUCAGUUCAAGUACCGGGAUGGCAAGCUUAGGAUCCUGGGUCGGUUUGGGUAUCGUCCUAAUGUGGUUGUUGAGGCUGUUACGCUGCUUGGGCAGAAGAAUAAGCGUCGGGAUAUUGGGUAUGAUGUUCAGAGGCAGAGUGUUACGAAGAAGGUCCAGAUUGAGUUGACUGGGCCUGCCGAGGUGACACUGUGA